GAAUUCAUUGAAAAUAUUUAUAUCCUUUAGAUAACAAAUAUGAAGUUGGUGACGCACAUCCAAUGCAUGGAGUAAACGUUAGAUUUGCUCGUGAAGGAGAAUUUCCUUUUGUUGUAUCCAUUACAAAUAUGAACCGCAACAACCAACGACCAGAAGCUAAUCAUGUUUGCACAGGAACUCUUGUUUCAAAAAGAGAUGUUGUAACGACUGAUCAUUGUGUUUUAGGUUUCCUUUAUCACGUUAUCGAAAUUAUCGUUGGUAGUCACGACAUAAGGCAGGGUACAAGAUAUUUUGUACUUUGGUGGUUAUCAUUCAAUCAAUUUAGUACAAUUCAACGUUCAAUACCUGUAUAUGAACAUAAUGAUAUAAUGAUGAUAAGGUUGAAUCAGACAAUCCAGGAAAAUAUUGUACCGCCAUCCAUAUCAUUUGCGACAAAUAAGGUUUUGUUCCGAUCGAAACUUCAAACUGCAGGAUUUGGUAUUACAAAUAAUGAUCAAAGGUCUAAUUUUAUGGAAACAGCAGAGUUGCAAAUUUUAACGACACCUCAAUGUGAACAAAGAUUAUCUGAACUUUUAAAUUGUCCGUAUAAAUUAAAUGACAAUAAAUUUUGCGCUGCAGCAGAUCCAUAUGUAAUAUUAGACAAAGGGAACAGUGGUUCACCAAUGUUGCUCAAAGGAAAACUUGUAGGAAUUCAUAGAGGAUCAAGUCCUGGAAAUGUGGAAAACUAUCACCCAAGAAAAGUGAAUAUUUUCAUUAAUGCUCUAUAUUAUAGAAGAUUUAUUGAAGUAGUUAUUAAAAAUUAUUAAAAAUUA